AUGGUCCGUGAGACGACAGAGAGGAAGAGCGAUCGCACUACAUCAGCUAUCUAUCGGAUGAUCGUCAGAAUAAGUGAUUUGCGAACAAUGCGUGUAGCCGUACCAGAAGAAGCGCUUUCUGAUGGCGGUGAUCGUUCGACGCGACCACUUAUGAGGGAACUCAUGGAGAUGAUCUGUCCACGGGUGAGCUUUGGCUGUAUGCGGCCAUCAUUACAGACUCCUCGAGUUGAGGAGAUGUUGAUGAAAAUGGACGAGCAGCCAAUUUACACCCGGUACAAAGUCGGCAUAAUGUUAUGCCGUGCCGGUCAAAGUACCGAAGAACAUAUGUAUAAUAAUGAACAUUCCUCCAGCGCAUUCGAUGAGUUUUUGGAUUUUAUUGGGCAACGAGUUCGUCUCAAAGGAUGGGAUCAGUACAAGGGUGGUCUCGAUACGCGUGGCGACACUACCGGUACACAUUCGAUCUACUGCGAGUAUCAGGCCCAUGAGGUCAUGUUCCAUGUAUCUACAUUAUUACCAUUCACUCCUAGUAAUCGGCAGCAGCUUUCCCGUAAGCGUCAUAUCGGUAAUGAUAUGGUGACGGUGGUAUUCCAAGAGCCAGGCGCUCUUCCAUUUUCGCCGAUCGCCGUUCGAAGUCACUUUCAGCACGUAUUUAUUAUUGUUCGUGUUCAUAAUGCUUGUACGGACAACGUUUCCUAUAGUGUUGCGGUGUCCCGAUCCAAAGAAGUACCCGCGUUUGGACCGCCUCUCCCGAAAGGUGCCACAUUCAGCAAAUGUGCCGACUUUCACGACUGGCUGCUCACUAAAAUAAUCAACGCUGAGAACGCGGUACAUCGCUCGAAAAAAUUCGCCACGAUGGCAGCUCGAACUCGUCGCGAGGCGUUACGAGAUCUUGCUGAGAACUACGUUGGCACGCAUCAAAAUGAAGGGCCGAGUCGAAUCGCCAGUCGCUUCCUUGGUGGAAGCGUAAAGCGUCGUGAACGACAAAAUCCGAAACCGUUCCCAGCCACUAUCCGUGGGGCUUUAUCAUGGCUGGUCGACGUUCACGACCACUCAGUCAAUCAGGUGUGUAUUCUAGAGCACUUUGAAAGCAAUCUUCACACCCACCUCCAAGGACGAUCCCUCCCAUGA